AUGGAUGCCGAUGAGAUUUUCGGUUAUUUUUAUGGAACCGUCACGUUCAACCGCUCGAAUCAGGGCUGGGCACGUAAGUUCGACCCGGAUGCUUUCCGUGGUCAGAAGCUUCUGGCACCGCUCGUUGAUGCGGAUUCCGGUGAAGUCAUUGCGGAUGCCGACACCAAGCUGACCGCUCGUAUGGUCCGCAAGAUUGCUGAGACAACAAAGGUUGUUCUCGCAACGGAUGCGGAUCUGCUCGGACGUUUCGUUGCCCAUGAUCUGGUCAAUAUGGAAACCGGCGAGAUUUAUGCCGAGGCUGGUGAGGAACUGACAGAAGCGCGUCUGCGUGGUCUGGAAGAUGCCGGCCUGACGGAACUCCCGACACUUGCAGUCGAUUCGUCCAAUGGUCCGUGGAUUCGUAACACGCUGACGGUCGACAAGAACGCCAGCCGCGAUGAAGCGCUGAUCGAUAUCUAUCGCGUUAUGCGCCCGGGUGAGCCGCCGACUGCUGAAACGGCAGAGGCGAUGUUCCGUGGUCUGUUCUUCGAUCCGGAUCGUUAUGAUCUGUCGUCUGUCGGUCGCGUGAAGAUGAACAUGCGUCUGGGUCUGGAUUGUCCGGACACAGUGCGUGUUCUCCGCAAGGAAGACAUUCUGCGCACAGUCAAGGUCAUGUGUGACCUGAAAGAUGGGCGUGGUCAGAUCGACGAUAUUGACAACCUUGGUAACCGUCGCGUGCGUUCAGUCGGUGAACUGAUGGAAAAUCAGUAUCGCCUUGGGCUGCUGCGUAUGGAGCGUGCGAUCCGCGAGCGUAUGGGAUCGGUCGAUAUCGAUACCGUCAUGCCGCAUGACCUGAUCAACGCGAAACCGGCUGCUGCUGCUGUUCGUGAAUUCUUCGGUUCAUCACAGCUCAGCCAGUUCAUGGAUCAGACGAAUCCGCUUUCGGAAGUGACGCAUAAGCGUCGUCUUUCAGCGCUUGGUCCGGGUGGUCUGACACGCGAACGCGCUGGCUUCGAAGUGCGUGACGUUCAUCCGACACAUUAUGGUCGUAUCUGCCCGAUUGAGACGCCUGAAGGCCCGAAUAUUGGUCUGAUCAACUCACUGGCGACCUAUGCCAAGGUGAACAAGUACGGUUUCAUCGAAACCCCUUAUCGCCUUGUGAAAGAUGGCGUUCUUCAGGAUGGCUGGAAGUAUCUUUCAGCCAUGGAAGAAGAGAAGCUGGUCGUUGCUCAGGCGGAUGCUUCCCAGAAUGCGGAAGGUGCUCUGACGGAUGAGCUGGUUUCCGUUCGUAAGAAUGGUGACUUCCGUCUUGUGCCGCCGACUGAAGUGACGGCUUGUGACGUUUCGCCGAAGCAGCUUGUGUCUGUGGCUGCUGCAUUGAUCCCGUUCCUUGAGAACGACGACGCGAACCGCGCCCUUAUGGGUUCAAACAUGCAGCGUCAGGCUGUGCCACUGGUGCGUUCUGAUGCGCCGUUGGUCGGCACGGGCAUGGAAGCUGCGGUUGCACAUGAUUCCGGUGCGACGAUCGUUGCACGCCGCGCUGGUAUCAUCGACCAGAUUGAUGGUGCGCGUAUCGUUGUCGGUGUGACGGAUGAAAGCGGUGCGACGCAGGGUGUGGAUAUUUACCGUCUGCGUAAAUACUCACGUUCCAACCAGUCGACCUGUAUCAACCAGCGGCCUCUGGUUCGUGUAGGUGAUCGCGUUGCUGCCGGCGAUAUUAUUGCUGACGGUCCGUCCACAGAGUUGGGUGAACUGGCGCUUGGCCGUAACGUGCUUGUCGCGUUCAUGCCCUGGAACGGUUACAACUUCGAAGAUUCAAUUCUGAUCUCAGAGCGUAUUGCGCGUGAUGACGUCUUCACUUCGAUUCAUAUCGAAGAAUUCGAAGUCAUGGCUCGAGACACGAAGCUGGGUCAGGAAGAAAUUACCCGUGACAUUCCGAAUGUCGGCGAGGAAGCCCUGCGCAACCUCGACGAAGCCGGUAUUGUCUAUGUCGGUGCCGAAGUUAACCCUGGCGAUAUCCUGAUUGGUAAGGUGACACCAAAGGGUGAAAGCCCGAUGACGCCGGAAGAAAAACUUCUUCGCGCCAUUUUUGGUGAAAAGGCUUCUGACGUUCGUGACACGUCCCUGCGUCUGCCGCCGGGAACGACGGGCACGAUCGUUGAUGUUCGCGUCUUCUCCCGUCGUGGUCUUCAGCGCGGUGAUGAGCUGCCGCCUGGCGUGAUGAAGAUGGUCAAGGUCUUCGUGGCAGUGAAGCGCAAGCUUCAGCCUGGAGAUAAAAUGGCCGGUCGUCACGGCAACAAGGGUGUCGUAUCCCGCGUUGUUCCUGUGGAAGACAUGCCUUUCCUUGAGGAUGGAACGCCGGUUGAUCUGGUGCUGAAUCCGCUGGGCGUGCCUUCCCGUAUGAAUGUCGGACAGAUCCUUGAAACGCACCUUGGCUGGGCCUGUGCGCGGAUCGGUAACGGUAUUGGGGAGCUGGUUGAUGAAUAUCAGCGCACCGGCGAGAAGAAGCAGGAGCUUCUGGACGAACUGAAGGAUGUCUACGGCGAGAGCGUCUACAAUUCGUCGAUCAAAGCCGGAGUCGAUAAAUCUGGCCAGUCCCAGCUGAUUGAUGGCCGUACUGGUGAGGCUUUCGAACGCAAGACGACCGUUGGCUACAUCUACAUGCUGAAACUGCAUCACCUUGUUGAUGACAAGAUUCACGCACGUUCAAUUGGUCCGUAUUCUCUCGUUACGCAGCAGCCUCUGGGCGGUAAGGCCCAGUUCGGUGGACAGCGUUUCGGAGAAAUGGAAGUCUGGGCUCUGGAAGCUUAUGGUGCGGCUUACACCCUGCAGGAAAUGUUGACUGUUAAAUCCGAUGACGUAUCGGGUAGAACAAAAGUCUAUGAAGCGAUCGUCCGUGAACAGGAAGAUUUUGAGGCCGGCAUUCCAGAGAGCUUCAACGUUCUCAUCAAGGAACUCAAAUCGCUGGGCCUUAACGUCGAUCUGGAAAAUGGCGGCGAGUGA